GCCUGUGUGUUACUGCAUUAUUUGAACAUCCUUUUCAUUUCAACAUUCCUCCGAGUGCUUGUACCUCUCUCACAUUUCCAUCCUUCGUAGCAGUACAUAGCAACCAGAACCAAAAACCACCGCCACCAAACUACCACCACCACCACCGGCGGUGGCAGCGGCAGUUAUGUCACUUCCAGACCCAGUAGUAAUCAUAAUCGGAGCUGGAACUUCCGGCCUCGCCACUGCCGCAUCCCUAACCCGCCUAUCCAUCCCAUACAUAAUUCUAGAGCGAGAAGACUGCUCUGCCUCCCUAUGGAAGAAAAAAUCUUACGAUCGACUCCACCUUCACCUAGCAAAACAAUACUGCCAGCUCCCCCACAUCCCUUUCCCCACAAACUUCCCCAAAUACGUACCCAAAAGCCAAUUCCUACAGUACAUUGACUCCUACGCCACCCACUUCCACAUCACCCCUAAGUUCAAUCGACUCGUUGAGUCAGCGAGAUUCGACGAGUCGAUUGAAAAGUGGAGGGUGGUCGCGAGGAAUGUGGGGUCUGGCGAGGUGGAGGAGUAUUCGGGGAGAUUCUUGGUGGUGGCGACUGGAGCGAGCGAGGGAUUUGUGCCGGUGGUGGAAGGGUUGGGGGGGUUUACAGGGGAGGUUCUACACUCGACUGGGUAUCAAUCAGGAGAGAAGUAUAGAGAGAGAAGGGUUUUGGUUGUUGGGUGUGGGAAUUCUGGUAUGGAAAUUGCUUUUGAUUUGGCUGUCCAUGGUGCCAAGACCUCCAUUGUUGUCCGAAGCCCGAUUCAUAUUCUGUCGAAGGAAAUGAUGUAUUGGGGGGUAGAGCUGGCGAAAUAUCUUCCCUUCUCUACUGUGGAAUCCCUAGUUGUUCUGCUUAGCAAGCUAUGGUAUGGAGGCCUUGAAAAGUACGGGAUUCAAAGGCCUAAUGAGGGCCCUUUUACAUUGAAAAAAAAAUAUGGAAAGUUCCCGCUUGUUGACUCUGCAGGAACUUACAACAAGAUCAAGUCCGGCGAAAUCCAGGUCUUGCCAGGAAUAGCUAGGAUACAUGGGGAUGAAGUUGAAUUUGAGAAUGGCAACUCACAUCAAUUUGACACCAUCGUCUUCGCGACAGGGUUCAAGAGAUCAACACAUAAGUGGCUUAAGGGAGACGAUUACCUGUUGGACGAAGAUGGUAAUCCAAAGCCUAGUUUUCCCAACCACUGGAAGGGCCAAAAUGGAUUAUACUGUGCUGGAUUAGCCUGGAGAGGACUAUAUGGAGCUGGAAUGGAUGCCCAAAACAUAGCCAAUGAUAUCAAGUCGUCUCUUUGAUUGAACUCGGGAGUAUAGUGCGCAACUCGAACUGCGCGUCGAAAAGUGUAUUUUUCUUAAUGGUUCAAAUUUGUUAAAAUUACUUUGCUAAAAUCAGGACGAUCGAUUACAUGCAGAGAUAAAUGGCAGAUGUAGUGCACCCUACUAGAAAUACUUAGUGACAGUUACAAAAGCAAGUUUAAACUUUAAACAGGCUGUGCACAUUCAGACGUAAUUAAUUUUUCUCUUUUGUUGUUGUUCUC